AUGAGCGUGAUGAGCAACGCCUAUCAAAUGGACUCGCCGAAACGGUACUGCUCGCCGGGCCCAUCAUCAUCGGCUUCAUCGUGGAAUUCGGUGCCAAGCCCGAUUGAUUACACUGCCUACGAGUUCAUGAGCAUGAUGGAGAGUAUUUUGAAGCAGCCGAUCGAGUCAAUCGACUCCAAUGAAUCAGCUGAGGAAGAUGAUUCAAUUAAGAAGUCGGAAAAGUCAAAGAAAUUCUAUGAAAGUGAUGGAAAGAUCAUACAGCUGAAGGACAAAGUAAUCGCAAUUGUCGAUCCGCAGCCACGAAUCAUCCAUAAGUACGCGUUAGCAGCUUUGAAGAAAAAGGGUGUAUACUUUGUACAAUCAGAAACCGAACUCUUCGGACCAUUCUUCGUCACACCAACUCCGAACGACUUGCCGAAAGGAGAGUUGGUCAUGAUAUACGAGGUGAUAAGAAAUAAUCGUGGAGUCUAG